GCUUUUCUGAAACGUGAUCUCAGGACGGCCGGGGUGUUUUAAGACGACGACAUUUGAGGAUGCUAUUCUAAAUGAUUUACGCAGAAGGAGAGGAAGGAUAAAGAGGCAGAAUGAUUUCUUGGUCGCGUCCGCUGCUGUUCUCUCUGCUGUUUUGCUUUGGCGAGCUGAUCUUCGCCCAGAUAAAAUACACGACACCGGAGGAGGUCAAAGUGGGAGCUGUUGUUGGAAACGUGGCCAAAGAUUUGGGCCUGGACGUCAGCACCUUGAUUAACAGACGAUUCCGUAUCGUGUCCGGAGCUCAGGACGCGCUGUUUGAGGUAAACCCGAACAAUGGGAUUUUAUAUGUUCACAAGAAUCUCGACCGAGAGCAGCUGUGCGAUAAAAACGGAGCCUGCUUAAUAGAUGUGAAAAUCGUUAUUGAGAAUCCGCUGGAAAUUCAUUAUGUCACUGUGGAAAUAACGGAUGCAAACGACCACGCACCGACUUUUACGGAGAAAGAAAAGAUAAUUGAAAUAGCAGAGACGACGCUGCCAGGGGCCCGGUUUCAGUUACCGGGCGCACGUGAUCCUGAUGUGGGAAUAAAUUCCGUGCAGCGUUAUAAACUCAGUCAAAACGAUGAUUUUGCUGUGGAAAUUCGAGAUAGGGGAGACAAUAAAAUCCCUUUCUUGGUGUUACAGAGAAACUUGGACAGAGAGAAGAGAACAAACCACAGCUUGGUUUUAACCGCUAUAGAUGGAGGGACACCAGCAAAAUCUGCGAAUCUUAAUCUCACCAUAAAGGUUCUCGACAUAAAUGAUAAUAGGCCAAUUUUUUCGAACGAGGUUUACUCUGUGAUGUUACAGGAAAAUGUUGCUAUAGGUACAGUUUUAAUAAAAGUACAAGCGACUGAUCUAGAUGAAGGCACUAAUGGGGAGGUCGAGUAUGCCUUCGGUGGUGACAUUAAUUCGAAAGUGUUGGAGCUUUUUAGCAUCGAUAGAAACACAGGUGAAAUUCGAGUUAAAGGAAACAUUGACUAUGAGACAGCGGAUGUUUUCAAGUUAGACGUCCAAGCCUCUGACAAAGGCCAGCCGCCGAUGACAACAGACUGCAAUAUCCUAAUAAAGAUUCAAGAUGUAAAUGACAAUAAACCAGAGAUUGAGGUGACGUCAAUAUCCAACAUGGUCCCAGAAGAUUCAAAACACGGGACCGUGAUUUCCCUCAUCAGUGUCACAGACCCUGAUUCUGGCCUGAAUGGAAAAGUAAUAUGCAGUCUGACGGGGAAUGUGCCAUUCGACUUAAAACCAUCCUUUAAGGAAAACAUGUAUUCAUUAGUCACAAAAGAAAAUCUUGACAGAGAAAGUGUGUCACAUUAUGACAUAACAAUAACGGCUACAGACUGUGGAGAGCCACCGCUCUCUGCGUUGAAAACUUUGAGUAUUGAAGUGUCAGAUGUCAAUGAUAACGCCCCAGAGUUCCCACACAGCCCCCUGGCGUUAUAUCUGAUAGAAAACAACACACCUGGCGCAUCGAUAUUAUUCGUGAGUGCAUUUGAUAAAGAUUUAAAUGACAACGCGGCAGUGUCCUAUCGGAUUGGAAGGGGAGGUGUCCAGAAUAAUAUGGCCUCUUUUCUAAAUAUUAAUUCCGAUAAUGGGCACAUUUCAGCGCUGAAAAGUUUUGACUUUGAAACGGUAAAAACUUUCCAGUUCCACGUUGUUGCGUCAGAUUCUGGAACUCCGUCACUGAGCAGCAACGUCACUGUGCACGUGUUCAUUCUGGAUCAGAACGACAACACUCCAGUCAUCCUGUAUCCAGUCAGCUCCAACGGUUCUGCUGAAGGUGUGGAGGAGAUUCCCCGCAAUGUGAACGCAGGACACUUGGUGACUAAAGUCAGAGCCUAUGACGCUGAUAUAGGAUAUAACGGCUGGUUACUGUUUUCACUGCAGGAAGUUACUGACCACAGUCUCUUUGGCUUGGACCGCUAUACAGGACAGAUCAGAACACUGCGCUCAUUCACAGAGACAGACGAGGCUGAGCACAAGCUGCUCAUACUGGUCAAAGACAAUGGGAACGUGUCACUCUCAGCAACAGCUACUGUCAUCGUCAAAGUCGUUGAGCCCAAAGAAGCUUUUGCAGCUUCUGAUGUGAAAAGUUCAACAAAAGCAGAUGAGGACAAUAAUGUGACUUUUUACCUGAUGAUUACUGUGGGCUCAGUUUCAGCUCUUUUUCUCGUCAGCAUCAUCGUGCUGAUUUCAAUGCAGUGCUCAAAGUCAACAGACUACACUUCUAAAUAUCUGCCAGAGCCUAAUUAUGAUGGGACACUGUGUCACAGCAUCCAGUACAGAUCUGGAGACAAACGGUACAUGUUAGUUGGACCCAGGAUGAGUAUAGGAUCUACUAUAGCCCCAGGAAGCCAUGCCAAUACACUAAUGCUGCCUGACAGGAGAGGGAUAUCUGGAGAGGUAAGACAAACAAAAAUCUUAUAUUUUCCAUUGUAA